GAAAGGUUUUUGGGGGUGACAAAAAACUACUAAAAACAGAGAAGAACUGGUACUGCAGGAAACCUGGGGCCUGUUUUCCAAGCCUUUUUAUUUUAUUGAGCAAGAUGAUGUGUGAGGUGAUGCCAACCAUCAGUGAGGCAGAGAUUCCCUCUGGGGGAAAUGGAGGCCACGGUUCAGGUUCCCCGUUACAGUCAGAUGCUGAUUCCCAUUUUGAGCAAUUAAUGGUAUCCAUGUUGGAAGAAAGGGAUCGCCUUCUGGAAACGCUAAGAGAAACUCAGGAGACGCUAGCAUUGACCCAGGGCAAGCUCCAUGAAGUUGGUCAUGAGAGAGAUUCCUUGCAGAGACAGCUCAAUACUGCACUUCCACAGGAAUUUGCAGCGCUUACAAAAGAGCUAAAUGUAUGCAGGGAGCAGCUGCUUGAAAGAGAAGAAGAAAUUGCUGAACUGAAAGCAGAAAGAAAUAAUACGAGGCUAUUACUGGAACAUUUGGAGUGCCUUGUCUCCAGGCAUGAGCGAUCUCUCAGAAUGACUGUUGUAAAGAGACAAGCUCAGUCUCCAGCAGGAGUUUCUAGUGAAGUAGAAGUUCUCAAAGCACUAAAAUCUUUAUUUGAACACCAUAAAGCCCUUGAUGAAAAGGUAAGGGAGAGGUUACGAGUAGCACUUGAAAGAUGUAGCUUAUUGGAAGAAGAACUAGGUACUACGCAUAAAGAGUUAAUGAUUCUGAAAGAGCAAAAUAAUCAGAAGAAAACACUUCCAGAUGGGAUGCUGGAUAUAAAUCACGAACAAGAAAAUACACCAACUACAAAUGGGAAGCGAUCCUCUGACGGUUCUUUAUGCCACGAUGAAAACCUUGCUAAAGUGAUCGAACUCCAAGACAUCAUAGAUAAGCAAAACAAAGAGCAGACACAAAUGAAAGAACGUCUUACUGCUUUGUCCAGCAGAGUAACAGAGCUGGAAGAAGACCUUGACACAGCUAGAAAAGACUUAAUAAAAUCUGAAGAAAUGAAUACGAAGUUACAGAGAGAUGUACGAGAGACUAUGGCCCAAAAGGAAGACAUGGAAGAGAGAAUUACAACUCUUGAGAAACGCUACCUCGCUGCACAACGUGAAGCUACAUCUGUGCAUGACCUCAAUGAUAAACUUGAAAAUGAAAUUGCCACUAAAGACUCCAUGCAUCGACAGAGUGAAGAUAAGAACAGGCAAUUGCAAGAACGACUGGAACUAGCUGAGCAAAAGCUGCAGCAGACUUUGAGAAAAGCUGAAACUUUGCCGGAGGUGGAAGCUGAGCUGGCACAGAGGGUUGCAGCACUUUCAAAGUCUGACCUUUUGUCUCCUGGGAGCUCUGCUGCUAAAGUAUUGGAACUUACCACCAAGCUUAGGAAGGCUGAGGAGAGACAUGGCAAUAUAGAGGAACGACUGAGACAGAUGGAAGCACAGCUAGAAGAAAAGAACCAAGAACUGCAAAGGGCUAGACAGAGAGAGAAGAUGAAUGAAGAGCAUAAUAAACGUUUGUCAGAAACUGUUGAUAAGCUUCUCUCUGAAUCUAAUGAAAGGCUUCAGCUUCAUCUCAAGGAAAGGAUGGCUGCCUUGGAAGAUAAGAAUUCACUUCUUCGAGAAAUUGAAAAUGCAAAAAAACAAAUAGAGGAACUUCAGCAUGAAAAGGAUCAACUUGUAUUAAAUGUUGAAGCAUUAAGGGCUGAAAAUGACCAAGUGAGACUCAGAGCCACAUCACUUCAUCAUAGGUACAAGCACUUAAUUGUAGUUCACCGACCAGACUUCAGAUACCCUAUGACAUCUUCGUCUGUGGCUGACAGUCAUACAGACUCCUAUGGCACCUCGUCAGUGUUAAGGCGUCCCCAGAAAGGACGUUUGGCAGCUCUCAGAGAUGAGCCUUCAAAGGUUCAAACUCUGAACGAGCAGGACUGGGAGCGAGCCCAGCAAGCAAGUGUAUUGGCAAAUGUGGCACAAGCGUUUGAAAGUGAUGUUGAUGUGUCUGAUGUUGAGGAUGAUAGGGAGACUAUAUUCAGUUCAGUUGAUCUGCUGUCACCAAGUGGUCAGGCUGAUGCUCAGACUUUGGCCAUGAUGCUUCAAGAACAGUUGGAUGCAAUCAACAAAGAGAUUAGACUUAUACAAGAAGAAAAGGAAAACACGGAGCAGCGUGCAGAGGAGAUUGAAAGCAGAGUGGGUAGUGGAAGUUUGGAUGCCCAUGGCCGAUUCCGGUCCAUGAGCUCCAUUCCUCCUCCCUAUGCAAGUGGUUCACUUGCUGGUUCUUCCCCACCUGGCAGUGGCCGCUCCACCCCGAGGCGGAUUCCACAUAGUCCAGCUCGGGAAGUGGACAGACUAGGUAUCAUGACACUGCCUAGUGAUUUAAGGAAACACCGUAGAAAGUCUCCAGCUUCUAGAGAAGAGGUACGAGAUGAUAAAACCACAAUAAAAUGUGAGACAUCACCACCUUCUUCACCUCGAUCUUUGCGUUUGGACAGAGUCCAGAAAGGAGCUUUGCAUACAGUGAGCCAUGAAGAUAUCAGGGACAUAAGAAAUUCAACAGGCUCUCAAGAUGGGCAAACAAGUAAUCCUAGUAGCAGCAAUAGUAGCCAAGAUUCCCUUCAUAAAGCCCCCAAAAAGAAGGGGAUCAAAUCCUCUAUUGGCCGCUUGUUUGGCAAGAAAGAAAAGGGACGACCUGGACAAACAAGCAAGGAAGUGCUAGGACAAGUUGGCAUGGCAGAAGCAGAUAGUUCCUCUCAGGAUGCAUUAGGUCUCAGCAAGCUUGGAGGUCAGGCAGAAAAAAACAGGAAAAUGCAGAAAAAGCAUGAGUUGCUAGAGGAAGCCAGAAGACAAGGUUUGCCUUUUGCGCAGUGGGAUGGGCCUACUGUGGUUGUGUGGUUGGAGCUGUGGGUUGGGAUGCCAGCCUGGUAUGUGGCUGCUUGCCGAGCAAACGUGAAAAGUGGUGCUAUCAUGUCAGCCUUGUCUGAUACAGAAAUACAGCGUGAAAUUGGGAUUAGUAAUCCUCUGCACAGACUGAAGCUGAGGCUGGCCAUUCAAGAAAUCAUGUCAUUAACAAGUCCAUCUGCCCCUCCCACCUCAAGGACGACCACGGGAAAUGUCUGGGUAACACAUGAAGAAAUGGAAAAUCUUACAGCCACACAACAAACGGAAGAUGAGGAGGGAAGCUGGGCUCAGACUUUAGCAUAUGGUGAUAUGAACCAUGAGUGGAUUGGCAAUGAAUGGCUCCCUAGUCUGGGGCUCCCUCAGUAUCGCAGCUAUUUCAUGGAAUGUCUUGUUGAUGCUCGAAUGCUGGAUCAUUUAACUAAAAAAGAUCUGCGUGGGCAACUUAAAAUGGUGGACAGCUUUCAUAGAAACAGUUUUCAGUGUGGAAUUAUGUGCCUACGAAGACUGAAUUAUGAUCGAAAAGAACUUGAAAGAAAAAGAGAAGAAAGCCAGAAUGAAAUUAAGGAUGUCCUUGUCUGGAGCAAUGAAAGAAUGAUCCAUUGGGUAGUGUCCAUUGGUCUUAAAGAAUACGCGAAUAACCUUAUAGAGAGUGGCGUUCAUGGUGCACUUGUGGCCUUAGAUGAAUCAUUUGAUUACAAUGCAUUAGCUCUCUUAUUACAAAUACCCACUCAAAACACACAGGCUCGUGCUGUUCUGGAGAGGGAAUUUAAUAACCUUCUUGCUAUGGGCACUGACAGAAGACUUGAUGAAGAUGAUGAUAAGAGCUUUAGGAGAGCACCUUCAUGGAGAAAGAAGUUUAGACCAAAGGACAUAAGAGGUUUAGCUGCUGGGUCAGCAGAGACUCUUCCUGCAAAUUUCAGAGUUACAACCUCAAUGUCUUCACCUUCUAUGCAGCCAAAGAAGAUGCAGAUUGAUGGCAGUGUAUCAGGAACACAAAGAUUGGAUUCUGCUACAGUAAGGACCUACUCCUGUUAAAGCCUUCUCCUGUUUACCCACACUAUUUCUACCGGUGAUAUGCAGCAU